AUGGCGGGCGACAGAGAGCAGACCAUGGAGAACCACCAACAUUCCAAUGGCUGUGAACCUUUCUUGAUUGGUGUCAGUGGUGGCACUGCCAGCGGCAAGUCUUCCGUCUGUGCCAAGAUUGUGCAGCUCCUGGGCCAGAACGAAGUGGAUUAUCGCCAGAAGCAGGUGGUCGUUCUGAGUCAGGACAGCUUCUAUCGAGUUCUCACAUCAGAGCAGAAAGCCAAGGCCCUUAAGGGCCAGUUCAACUUCCAUCACCCGGAUGCUUUUGACAAUGAGCUUGUCUUCAGGACACUCAAAGAAAUUGCCGAAGGGAAAACGGUUCAGAUCCCGGUGUACGACUUUGUCUCCCAUUCCCGGAAGGAGAAGACAGUUACUAUCUACCCGGCUGACGUGGUGCUCUUUGAAGGGAUCCUGGCCUUCUACUCCCAGGAAAUCCGCGACCUGUUCCGAAUGAAGCUUUUUGUGGACACAGACGCCGACACCCGUCUCUCCCGCAGAGUAUUAAGAGACAUCAGCGAAAGAGGAAGGGAUCUUGAGCAGAUUCUGUCUCAGUAUGUUGCCUUCGUCAAGCCCACCUUUGAGGAAUUCUGCUUGCCGACGAAAAAAUACGCUGAUGUGAUAAUUCCUAGAGGUGCAGAUAAUCUCGUGGCCAUCAACCUCAUCGUGAAACACAUCCAGGAUAUCCUCAACGGCGGACAUGCCAAACGGCAGACCAUUGGCUGUCCCAAGAAACAGGAACCAGAGCCCAGCAGCAAGCCAUAG